AUGAAGGGAACUGCUGCUUCUGCUUUGCUCGUCGCUCUCUCCGCGACGGCCGCCCAGGCCCGUCCGGUGGUCGAUGAGCGUUUCCCCUACACUGGACCGGCCGUCCCGAUCGGCGAUUGGGUCGAUCCCACCAUCAAUGGCAACGGCAAAGGCUUCCCUCGUCUGGUUGAACCUCCGGCCGUCAAGCCGGCCACCGCCAAUCCCAGGAACAAUGUCAAUGUGAUUUCCCUGUCCUACAUCCCCAAGGGCAUGCACAUUCACUACCAGACCCCCUUCGGUCUGGGCCAGCUGCCUGCUGUCCGCUGGGGUAAGGACCCUCGCAACUUGAACAGUACUGCGCAGGGCUACUCCCACACAUACGACCGUACUCCUUCCUGCUCCCAGGUCAAGGCGGUCACCCAGUGCAGUCAAUUCUUCCACGAGGUGAGCAUUGACAGUCUGGAGCCCGACACCACCUACUACUACCAGAUCCCUGCCGCCAAUGGCACCACCCAGUCGGAGGUCCUCAGCUUCAAGACUAGCCGUCCUGCCGGUCACCCGGGUUCGUUCAGCGUCGCUGUACUGAAUGAUAUGGGAUACACCAAUGCUCAUGGCACACACAAGCAGCUGGUCAAGGCUGCCACUGAAGGAACUGCAUUCGCCUGGCACGGAGGUGACCUCAGUUACGCCGAUGACUGGUACUCGGGUAUACUUGCUUGUGCCGACGACUGGCCGGUCUGCUACAACGGCACCAGUUCUACACUUCCCGGCGGUGGCCCUCUGCCAGAGGAGUACAAGAAGCCCUUGCCCGCGGGCGAAAUCCCCGACCAAGGUGGCCCGCAAGGUGGUGAUAUGAGCGUGCUGUAUGAGUCCAACUGGGAUCUGUGGCAACAGUGGCUCAACAACGUCACUCUCAAGAUUCCCUACAUGGUCUUGCCGGGUAACCAUGAAGCCUCGUGCGCCGAGUUUGACGGUCCUCACAAUAUCCUCACUGCUUACCUGAACGAUGACAUCGCCAACGGCACUGCUCCCACUGAUAACCUGACCUACUACAGCUGCCCGCCUUCCCAGAGAAACUUCACCGCUUACCAGCACCGCUUCCGCAUGCCUGGUCCCGAGACCGGUGGCGUCGGUAACUUCUGGUACUCAUUCGACUACGGUCUUGCUCACUUCGUCUCCAUUGAUGGCGAGACCGACUUCGCCAACAGCCCUGAGUGGAACUUUGCCGAGGAUGUGACCGGCAACGAGACCUUGCCCAGUGAAAGCGAGACCUUCAUCACCGACAGUGGUCCGUUCGGCAAUGUCAACGGCAGUGUCCACGAGACCAAGUCCUAUGAGCAGUGGCACUGGCUGCAGCAGGACCUGGCCAAGGUCGAUCGCAGCAAGACCCCAUGGGUGAUUGUCAUGAGCCACCGUCCUAUGUACAGUUCUGCCUACUCCUCGUACCAGCUGCACGUGCGCGAGGCGUUCGAGGGUCUACUCCUCAAGUAUGGCGUUGACGCCUACCUUUCUGGCCACAUCCACUGGUACGAGCGUCUCUAUCCUCUGGGAGCCAACGGUACCAUCGAUACCGCCGCCAUCGUCAACAACGACACCUACUACGCCCACAACGGCAAGUCCAUCACCCAUAUCAUCAACGGCAUGGCCGGCAACAUUGAGAGCCACAGCGAAUUCAGCGACGGCGAGGGUCUGACCAACAUCACCGCCCUGCUGGACAAGGUCCACUACGGUUUCAGCAAGCUCACCAUCUUCAACGAGACUGCUCUCAAGUGGGAGUUGAUCCGUGGCGAUGAUGGCACUGUUGGUGACUCGUUGACCCUUCUUAAGCCGUCCCACGCUGCCGGCGGUAAGAAGUUUCACGCUUGA